CCCCCCGGAUUAUUUGAAAAAAAAAAGCGGGCGAAAUGACUCCGUUUUCCUUCUUCCUUUAGCUCCCGGUGCUCCUCUCUAUUUCUCUUUGAGUUCCGCCACCCAAUCCCUACCCUAGCCCCGACUUCUCUCUCUUCCAUCUCUCUCCCUUCUCUCCAUCUACUCAACUCACUCACUCACUCUCUUUCUCUCUCUCUUUGUGGAAGGGUAGCCCCUGCAACCAGCAAAGGCCACCGGCGGUAGCCAAACUGCCUCAUCUCGCCAAGUGUUUCAUACCACCAAAAACCAUCUCUAGGCAGCAUCACUUCACUCUUGGAUUGGCCAACCACUACUCCAAGUUGAGUAAGCAAAACCCUUAUUCUGCUGCAUACCCUCUCAGCUGCGCAAAGCUGCAAACUUGAACUUCUGGUUUGCUUGGUACCAUUCCUCUUCUUCUUUCAUGAAUAUGGUCGUGAUUCUAAGAAGUGGAGGGCCCUUCUGCAUUCCGAGGCUGCCGUCUGCUCUUUUGUCCCCAAAAGCCAUCUCCUUUAGCUCUAGUUCUCUAUCAGUAUGUGGCUUUUGUAGGAGGAUCCUUCUGCCAAAUACGUUUCCUGUCAACUGCGUGCUUAGCUCCCUAAUGAGCAAUGCCUGCAUGAGUAGAUUCUGUGGCACUUGCCAUAAAGCAGCUGCAUCACUUUAUCCAAGAAAAAAUAAUGGAAUUGGCAUUCUGAGAACCAUUUCCACAUGCACCUCAACGGGAACCUUUCCAACUACUCCUCCAAUUGUUCGUCCCCCCUCAGCUAUUGUGUUGGCUGCCCACAUUACACCACCGGAUGCUCCCCAACGUUCAGAGGAAUGGUUUGCCCUUCGCAGGGACAAGCUGACCACAAGCACUUUCAGCACUGCCUUGGGCUUUUGGAAAGGAAACCGUCGCUUUGAGCUCUGGCAUGAGAAAGUGUUUGAAUCAGGAACAGAAAUUUUGGAAACUUUAAAAAAGUCUGCCAUGGAAUGGGGUGUGCUCAAUGAAGCAGCAGCUAUAGACCGUUACAGAAGCAUUACAGGCCGCGAAGUAAGCUCAUUAGGGUUUGCAACCCAUUCGGAGGAGCGAUUUGAUUGGAUUGGCGCUUCCCCUGAUGGCCUUCUUGAUUGCUUUCCAGAAGGUGGGAUCCUGGAAGUAAAGUGCCCAUAUAACAAGGGGAAGCCUGAGAUGGGUCUGCCCUGGUCAACCAUGCCAUUCUAUUACAUGCCUCAGGUGCAGGGUCAGAUGGAGAUAAUGGAUAGAGAAUGGGUUGAUUUGUAUUGCUGGACACCGAAUGGAAGCUCAAUAUUCCGUGUGGACAGGGAACGUGGUUAUUGGGAGUUAAUUCAUGGUAUUUUACGUGAAUUUUGGUGGGAAAAUGUGAUUCCUGCUAGGGAAGCUGUGUUGCUGGGGAGCAAAGAAGAGGCCAUGUCACAUAAGCCAGCAUCUACGCACAAACGGACAGGACUUGCCAUUUUUAAGAGCAUAAAGUUAGCUAGUGAAGCAAAGUUGUUGUGUAAGGAGAUUGCUGGUCACAUAGAAUUUUAUAGGUGAUGGGCAAAAUGAUCUCUCAGUGGUCUUCCAACAUUGUUUGAUUGGCUAAUAGCUCUUGUUGUACAUUUAUAAACCGUAUUGAAGAUAUUCUUUCCUAUUUCA